AAGUGACGCUAACGAUGUUUUGUUGACAUUUGUUUGUGAAAGACAAAACAGUGGAGACACACACUGGUGGUUUAUUUUUGGAUUCCAAGUGACCUCGGGGGUAGCUUGAUUAGCUAAACAACAAGGCUAGUUUAUCGUUAAAGGAUGUAUAGCUGUUGAACGGGCUCUAGUUAAGAGUGCAGUCCAAGCGAGGCGAAGGCAGAUCAAGACCCAGCGGAUGGACCAAGUCGGGAACAAAACAAAUCGCUGCACCCUUUGACUACACGAGUGGCUGAAUCAUUCACAGGCUAGCCAGCCACCAGACACUUGGUUUAGGUCGCUAGGUAUAUGCAAGGGGUGACUGGGAGAAUGUGAAGCACAAUGGCCAACUUUGAGGCUUACCAGGAGUACCAGAGAAUUGAGGACUUUGAGGAGGACUCGCCACCAGGGGAGGAGGAUUUGCUGGUGCAUGUGCCAGAAGGCCUGAAAGAUUCAUGGCACCACAUCAAGAACCUGGAUAACUUCUUUACAAGGAUCUAUCAUUUUCAUCAAAAAAAUGGCUUUGCUUGUAUGAUGUUGUCAGAGUUCUUCGAACUUAUUCAGUUUCUGUUUGUUGUCACAUUCACAACGUUCCUGUUCAACUGUGUGGAAUAUGAUGUCCUAUUUGCCAAUCGAGCAGUCAACCACACCGGGCCAGCUCACAACCCCCUUGACCGGAACAAGGUGACUCUGCCUGAUGCCAUUCUGCCAAGCCAGCAGUGCACUCAGAGCAUCCAAGAGAACAGCUGGAUCAUUUUCCUUCUCAUCAUGGCAGCCAUCUUCUGGAUCUAUCGGCUUGUCAAAGUCUUCUGCAACGUUUUGAGCUAUUGGGAGAUCCGGCAAUUUUACAUCAAAGCACUAAAGAUCAGGAUGGAUGAAUUGUGCAACUUCACAUGGCAGGAAGUUCAGGACCGGCUCAUUAGCCUGCAACGAGAACAGCAGAUGUGCAUCCACAAGAAAGAGCUGACAGAGCUCGACAUCUAUCACCGCAUCCUGCGAUUCAAGAAUUACAUGGUGGCCAUGGUCAACAAAUCUCUGCUACCAGUACAGCUGCAGCUCCCCCUGCUGGGCAAUGUGGUGUUCCUCACCCAGGGCUUGAAGUACAAUUUUGAGCUGAUCCUCUUCUGGGGGCCUGGCUCACUCUUCCAGAAUAAGUGGAACCUGCACCCCAAGUACAAGCGGGCUGGAAACCGCCUCGAGCUUGCCCAGCAGCUUAGCAGGGUUAUCUUGUUGAUUGGGUUGGCAAAUCUGCUGUUGUGUCCGUUCAUCCUGGUGUGGCAGGUGCUCUAUGCCUUCUUUAGUUACACAGAGAUCAUCCGAAGAGAGCCCGGAAGCUUGGGAGCAAGGCGCUGGUCCCUCUAUGGUCGCCUAUACCUGCGUCACUUCAAUGAGCUUGACCAUGAGCUGCAUGGGCGUUUGGGUCGCGGCUACAAACCCACCUCCAAGUACAUGAACUCCUUUACAUCACCACUGCUGACUGUGCUGGCUAAGAAUGUUGCCUUCUUCUCAGGCUCGGUGUUGGCUGUGCUCAUUGCCUUGACCGUCUACGAUGAGGACGUUCUGACAGUGCAGCACAUUCUCACUGCUAUCACUGUGCUGGGAGUUGUUAUCACUAUCACAAGGUCCUUCAUACCAGAUGAGCAUAUGGUGUGGUGUCCAGAGCAGCUGCUGCAGUAUGUACUGGCACACAUUCACUACAUGCCAGACCACUGGAGGGGCAAUGCUAACAAGAGCGAGACCCGUGACGAAGUGGCACAGCUGUUCCAGUACAAAGCGGUGUUUAUUUUGGAGGAGUUGCUCAGUCCUAUUGUCACACCAUUCAUCCUCAUCUUCCUCCUGAGGAACAAGUCCCUGGAGAUCAUUGACUUCUUCAGGAACUUCACUGUUGAGGUGGUUGGAGUUGGGGAUAUCUGCUCUUUUGCUCAGAUGGAUAUCCGCCGCCAUGGAAACCCAAUGUGGAUGUCGGAGGGCCAGACUGAGGCCUCCGUCUACCAGCAGGCUGAGAACGGCAAGACAGAAUUGUCCCUCAUGCACUUCACCAUUAAGAACCCGCACUGGCAGCCCCCCCAGGAAAGCUCGGUGUUCAUCAGCCAUCUGAAGGAGAAGGUGCACCAGGACGCUCAGGGAGGCCCCUCCACCCAGCUGCUGCUCUCUGAGGCUCCGCUCUGCUCCUCACUGCUGUCCAAUGAGUCUGCCUCUGGGCCUGACAAUGUAUUGGCCAGCGUCCUGGCCCACCCCAUUCUCACUGCGUCUGGACUGCCAGGGCGAGACCGUCGCUUCAUCCCACCAAGCACGGCUGCAUCCGCCGCUGCCAGCGUCUUGGCCUCUCUGUCCACCUCUCAGCUCCCGCACACAGGCCGCAGCCGGUCACAUGGUCUCAUGCCCUCCUCCAUCCCCCCUGAGAGCACCAUGUACCGCAGCGACCGCACCAUCAUUGACAGUAUGUCCAACAGUGACGCUCGGAUCCGGAGCAACGCACUGCUCUCAGAAUUCGCCUCAGCAGAGAUGAGCCUCCAUGCCAUUUACAUGCAUGAGGUGCACCAGCAGAGCUCCCAGCCCCAGAGAACUUCAGAGCAGUGGCAGAACCCAGUGCCAAUGAGAGAUCUACACACAAACACUGGUUUCCAGGCACAUAGCAGCCUUACUGCCAUACCGACCCCUCUCCACCUGGGAGGCUGGAAAGAGGAAGAGGAGGAGGACGAAGAAGAACAGGAGAUUAACAGUGGAUCUACUCAGAACCAGGGCACCGGGAGUGGUUGUUGAAGUGCCUUAUGUCAUAGGUGUUUACACUUUAUUUUCUUCAACGAACAUUGUGGCCUUAGAUGAUCUUCAUGGAGAAAAUUUAGCUUGGACCUUUUAAACCACCAGUCAGCAUUUGUAGUUGGAGGAGCUCAUUGAAUAACCACUGUUUCUGCACCUACAUGCUUCUUCCUGUCACAUCAGGCGGACUAUGGCAUCAGGGAAACCAUAAGUCUUCCGUCCCUUUCACCAUCAUUUUGUCAUAAACCUUUGUUCGGAAAUUACUCUAAAGUGUGUGAGAGCGUGCAAAUAGGAUCACUGUGUCACGGUAGAUGGGGACAGUUUUGUUGUGGAACGCAAAAGGCUUAUCACAUCUCUUCUGCUGUGCCUAUGUAUGCACAAUUUUAAGUUUUAUUUGUGCAUCUGUGGGGUUUACAGUGAGGGUCUAAUUUAACUUUUACCGCAGAAUGGUGUCUUUAUCUGUGUUAUCAAGACUGCAAGCUGUAUCAUAGCUGCCUGACCAAGUUUGACUAUUAAGUUAAUUUUGAUUAUUAAGUUGAAUUAAAUUUUUUACAUUGUUCUAUUUGGCCCUUGUCAUAUGUAAAUACACUUUUGUGUCUUACUUAUCUAUGAAUAAUCCACAUUUUUUGUACUACCAGAUCUAAUGCUUGAGUCACCAUGAAGGCACCAUGUAUACCUGGCAAAAUCUCUGUCAUGCUAGAUGAAACAUGUCUUUAAACUGGACAUACAAAUGCUUUGAAUGCUUCUUCCUGUUUUUAGUGGCCUGAAAUUUGCUCAGUAUUAAUAUCUCUGCUAGUGCUAUCUCAUCAUGUUUAUUUUCUUGCCUCUAAAACAGGAUUGAAAGCAUGAGCUCCGAUUAUCUUUGGCAUUAAAAUUCCAAUGUAGAUAAAAGAUGUCUUAAAAUUUGGUCACAAAGUCAAAGUGAAACACACCCAACGAUUUAAAUCUAACUAAUCCAUGUUACCUCAAGGGUUUUCUGGGAAAAUUGGUUUCUAUAUAUAGCCUAUGCUCUGUCAGUGUAUUUGCCUUCGUGUCUAUACAUAGAUAUGGGGUUUGGCGGCCUAUCUUGGCACAAUCGAGAUGCAUCUUUUAUCUUCAUUAGGGCUUUAACGCCAGCUCUAGAUGGAACACAUUUUAUUUUCUGUGCGUACUCCAGAAGCAUGCGCCUCACCUAGUAGUGCUUAAGCACAUGUAAGAAGUCAAGUAUUUAUCUCCUCCCAGAAAUAAUGGCAAGGAAUCAUUUCCUGAGAACAAAACAGGGUGGUAUUUUAUUUACAGAUCUGUGUUGUGCACAUGACUUUGUUUGUGCUGCUAGAAUUUGUGCCCUUUUCCUCAAAUGCACACGUAAAAAUGGAUCUUCAUCGUAAGGGCUGAUUGUAACGCAUGCACUGUCGUAUCUGCAGCAAUUGAAGAUUUAGGUUUGAGUUGGGUUUUCUUUUGUUUUUGUUUUUGUUUUUUAAAAGCAAUUCCUCUCAGUGUUUGCUUUAUGCUUUCCAAGAAAGAGUGUGAAGGAAAAAAAAAUGCUCUCCACAUUUAGAAUCAUUUGUCACGUUUAGAUUUAUAUAUUGCCCCCUUUGGCUCAGAGUUGAAUUAUAGAUAUCUUUAUUAUUUAUUUUAGGGGAAAAAAAGAAAACUUAUAUUUAGAUUAUUUUGAUGAAAAUUUUAUUUAGAAAAAGUUUUGCAAAUUAUGUAUCAGUCACAUUUGUGGAAAGUUUUGAAAUGUGCCCCCCUCUUUGAAAGUUGCUACAGAAAAAAAAGGAUUUACCUCAGAAUCAUUGAUUUAUAGAAAAUAAAAUAAUGAAUGCGCAAUAUUUAGGGUAAGUUACAAAAAACUAGCUGAUGAAUUGUAAUGGUUUCAGAGACAAAAUGCCCAGCUGCAUGAUACUGAAUGUGAUGUACACUUGAAAACAAAUGUACUUGUGAGUAUUCACAUCUGCUUAUCAAUGCGAUACGCAACAAAUCGCUCGACCCAUUUUUAUUGCAUUCUAGAUCACAGUAAUGUAGAUCUCAAAACUCCACUACUGUAAGACGUCUGAGGGCAGAGGGAUGUCUCUGCCCUACCAUGUGUUUUUAAAACUAUUCCUCUUUUUUUUGGUGUGUCUGUGUGUGUUGAAGGGAUGAGUUUUACCACCUGUGUUAUUAUGCUAACAUGAACUCAGAAUUUUGCACUGACAAAAAAAAUAUAUAUACUUUUUUAAAUGUAGAUAUACUUGCAUCAGCUACAUUAUAGAUAGGGCAGGUCUCAAAGGGACAUUGAGUCAGUCUCCAUCCUGAAUGACCUCUCUCACUGUUUGUGUAGGAGUAGCAUCAUCAUGCGUAGUAUUGUCAUUGUCCACAACAGAACGUCUGGAAGCACUGUGGCCAAUCACAUUAGGUCAUUCUUACCUCUGGUCAGUAAAAGCUUGCCCCGUAGGGGGUGAUGUCUCUGUGUUUGUAUCUCACCUUAGACACAAACAUGCUUACAUGAGUGUUGUAAUUGCUAUCCAUGUGUUGUAAACUUCAUUUCGCAAGUGCAGUGAAUUUCUGUUGUAGAGACAUCAGAGUUGAUUUCUUUUGCUAGUCUCCAUAUUUACAGCUCACUGUUGUGUCUUUGUCAUUUUAUUUUAAGCAGUGCCUUAGGAUUAAGGAUUAACAUUAGUUCUUGAUAGAAACCAUUUCAAAUAAACCAUAAGAUUCUUUGUCAUAGGUUUAGCAGCACGUAUGUACAGUAUUUAUAUUUAUUUUGGCAAGUCAUUGUGUAUAGCAUCAAGUAUACAGUGGAACUGUACUCUGAUAUUGUGGAUGUGGCUUGUAGGAUCAGUUGCAAACAGACAGAUUUGGACAUCUUGCAUCAUUUUGCAUCUGACAGCAGAAUUAAUCCUGUGUCUAAGUUUGCACUGUCCAUCUUCAGUCUGAAAGAAGCAGGAGUAUGAUCUGAUCUGUACCUCUCAUCAUACCACAGCUUCUUUAUCCACUACACACCAGUCUAAGAAUCAGAUUGGCUGGAACAAGGUGCUAAGUUUUCAUCCUCAAGUGUUGAAUAGGUUUUAAGACAUGUUUUAUUUUGUUACACAAUUUUGACUUUGUUUUGUUUGUGUAAAUUAAGAAACACUCGCUGAAAAUGAAACAUGCCAAAAGAACUUGUUUUCAGCACAGCUUUACGAUACAUAUUUUGUUUUCUGUAAGUGAAUAGAGAAGCAAAUAAAUAUUAUUUUGAGUGUAUUUAAUCAUUGAAGUGUGGCUGAACAUGUGAUGUCGAUUUGAAAUAAAAUAUAUUUUAAUUCGCUCUC